AUGCCAUCGCAAACUGGACUGAAGGAACUGAAGAUCAAUCAUGGAUGGCCAGUGAUGAUUCUGUUACCUCUGGCUGGCCUCGCAAAGAUAUUUCAUUGGAACCCGAUCAUAGUUCUCGUCGUGAACAUCGUCGCCAUCAUCUUCUUGUCUGAGGCGAUAUCUAUCUCAUCCGAUGAACUCGCUGAACAUCUCGGAGAAUUGCAAGGCGCAUUACUCAGCGCCACAUUUGGAAAUACCGUAGAGCUCACGGCGGGCAUUCUGGCUCUGGUUCAUGGCGAGAUCUCAUUUGCACAGUCUGUCAUGGUUGGCAGUAUUCUAUCAGAUAUACUGCUUAUCUUCGGCUGCUGCCUCAUAACAGCUUCGUACAACAAGGAAGUUUUAGAGUUCAACAGCGCUCUUGCAAAGACUUUAUCCUCCUUGAUGAUGAUCACCUCUGUGACGAUGCUUCUGCCAACGGCUCUCUACUCGACUUUCCCAGUAUCUGAGAUUGAUGACAGGGUGCUAUCCUUCUCCCGAGGAACGUCAUUGGUGCUGCUCGCGCUCUACGGGGGCUACCUAUACUUCUACCUCGGGACUCACAAACACCUCUUCCUUUCCAAUGAGAGCGAAACCAGCGACGAUGAAAAUGAAGGAGAUUCACCAUCCGCAGCCAACUGGACCAGCCUGGCUUCAUCAAUUAUCCGAUUGAUAACUGCCGUGGCCGCAACAGUCUUUUGCACAGAACUUCUACUCGAAAGCAUCGGAGACAUGACGCAAACGCUCGGAGUCUCUGAUGUAUUUAUCGCGAUCGUUUUUAUUCCAAUCGCUAGCAAUAGCACCGAGGGGGUUACUGUCAUUACGGCAUCUCGUACAGGAGACACAGACUCUGCAAUCCGGGUUAUUAUCGACAGCCUCUUGCAGAUUGGUCUGUUUGUCAUACCGUUCUUGGUGAUAAUUGGCUGGUGUAUUGCUGAACCGAUGACGCUUUUCUUUGACUCCUUCCAGACUGUUGCUAUGUUUUUGGCUAUCCUGGUUGUUAAUCAUUUACUUCGCGAUGGACAGUACGCCUACAUCCAUGGCGCGAUGCUCCUUGCUCUGUACGCUAGUCUAGUUGUGGCGUUCUAUGCGCACUAG